AUGUCGUCUCCUGAACCAUCCACCGACAAGAAGGACGUCACUUCUGCGACUGCGCCUGAUGUCACUGAAGCUCCUGAAGCUAAGGAGGAGCAGCCAAAGGUCGAGGCUACCAAGGAGGCCGAGUCCAAUGCUGAAGCUGAUGCUUCCAAGGAUGACACUUCGUCGGAGAAGCCCACCGAGCCAGCCGAGGCCAAACCCGAAACUGAGAAGGCCGAGGCGAGCAGCGCCGAAAAGAAGGACGAGGAAACCGAUAUCGAGAUGAAGGAUGCCGCAACCGAGGGCGGAGAUGCCACUCCUGCUACCGACGCGAAAGAAGAGGCGGCGGCCGAUAAGACCAAGGCGGCGCGUCGCAAGUCGACUGGUGCCACCGAGAAGGGCAAGAAGCUCAACAGGAAACAGUCCAAAGCCCGCAUUACGAACCUGAAUGCCCAGCCUGGCGAUCAUUACCUCGUCAAGCUUAAGGGAUUCCCUCCUUGGCCCGCCGUUAUCUGCGAUGAAGUCAUGCUUCCCCAGCUUCUUCUUACCACGCGACCCGUCACUGCCAAACGAGCCGAUGGCACAUACCGCGAGGACUUCGCCGACGGAGGCAAGCGAGUCAAUGACCGCACAUUCCCCGUCAUGUACCUAUAUACCAAUGAAUUUGGUUGGGUUCCCAACACGUCCCUUCAGGAGCUGUCACCCGAGCAAGCUUCGGAAGCCAUCAACGACAAGAUGCGAAAGGAUUUGCAGGCUGCCUACGAGUUGGCGGCGGAAGGCCAUGACCUCGACUACUACAAGGACCUGCUCCAACAGUUCCAGGAGGAACUAGUUGCCAAGGAAGAGGCUAAGAAGUCGAAGAAGUCCAAGGCCGCAGCCGCUGAUAGCAUGGACAUCGACGAAGUCGAGGAAGCGACGCCUGCCAAGAAGUCGAAGAAGCGUAAGGCUGAAGAUGAGACUGCCACCCCUCAACGAAGCGACUCGGUGAAGAAGCCCAAGAUUAAGCUCUUGAAUUCCGCCGCUAAGGCGUCGAAUGGCGGUGCCCCACCUAAGGCCUCCAAAGAACAGGCGGCCCCCAAGCCGUCCAAAUCUAAGUCGAAGCCCAGCAAGCCAGCAGAGGAGACCAGGAGGCCUGAGUUGACUCCCGAGGAACGCCACGAGAGGAAGUCGAAGGAAGUGUUGUAUCUUCGACAUAAGCUUCAGAAGGGUUUCUUCCCUCGCGACGCGGUGCCCAAGGAAGAGGACAUGCAGUUCAUGAGCGAAUUCUUCACGAGAUUGGAGAGGUUUACGGAAAUGGACGCGAGCAUCCUCCGAGCGACCAGGAUUUACAAGGUCCCCCGGGCCAUCCUUAGAAUGGAAUCAAUCCCCAGGGAGGAGGAAUUCAACUUCAAGUCUCGCUCCCAGGGUCUCCUUGAUCAGUGGAAUAAGCUUUUGGCUGCCGAGCCAGCACCGGUCGAGGGUGGCUCUAACGGCGUGAACGGGAAGGAAGAGAAGAAGGCAGUUAAGCCCGAGUCUAACGGAGCUGACGAGAAGGCUGAGAAGGCGUCGGCGGAUGAGAAGACCGCGACAGAGCCCGUCGAGAAGAAGGAAGACGUUGCUGACACAAAGGGCAGCGAAGCCACCGAGGAGGAGGAGGAGACAAAGGCCCCUGCUGCUGUCGAGGCCUCGGCUUAG